GCGACAAAACAGUGCAAAUACAACCUUUGCUUAACGGAGCUUGGGGACUUUAAGUGUUUCUUUGCUUUCUUUUCAUUAGUAUUAUAUCGUAUAUUAUUAUAACGUCCUGGUAGUGAUGCAGGGAGCUACAAACUGCGUUUUAGGGCGUGUUUUUUAUGUUCCGACUGUUCUUAAACGAGUAAACAGCUCCCUGUUAUGUAAAAAGUACAGUACUCUUCCUCCUCCCCGGGACAAGGAGGAGAAAGCCCUGCUGGACAGCAUGCUGCGAGUGGACCACGCCGGAGAAUACGGGGCCAAUCGCAUCUAUGCUGGACAGAUGGCUGUUUUGGGAAGAACUCAAACAGGCCCUCUUAUCCAGUACAUGUGGGACCAAGAAAAGAUGCAUUUGGAGAAGUUUAAUGAGAUCUUAGGGGAGAACCGUGUGCGACCAACAAUCAUGCUGCCUGUGUGGAAUGUUGCAGGGUUUUUGCUCGGAGCCUCUACAGCACUUCUGGGGAAAAAGGUAGCAAUGGCGUGCACCGUUGCGGUAGAGGAGAGCAUCUCUGAACACUACAACAGCCAAAUCCGAACGCUAAUGGAGACAGAACCCGAGAGAUAUGAGGAGUUAUUGCAGCUCAUUAAAGAGUUUCGAGACGAUGAGCUGGAACACCACGACACCGGGCUGGAGCAUGACGCCGAAUCGGUUCCUGGAUAUUUAGUUUUGAAGACUCUAAUACAGGCCGGCUGUAAGGCUGCGAUUUACAUCUCACAACGGAUUUAAUAAAUCCUUUGUUGUAAUGAGUGUUUCUGUUUUCGUUUUUUAUUUUUUUAUUUUUUUAGAACCGGUCCAGUGUUGAGUAAGACAUGAGUAAGUGUGAUGUUGAGUGAUGGGACCCAUAUCUGCACAGGAACACAGGACACAGCAUGUUGUUUAUUUAAAAAGAAAUGUUUUUUGAGUAGUGGGCUGAUGCCCAGUGGACUGAGUAGUGGGCUGAUGCUCAGAGCUUUAUCACCUAAAUAAGAGACUGGUUUAUCUAUUAUUUUAACAUUUAUUUAAUAUGUUGAAGUUGUGCUUAGUUGCCAGAUAAAAAAAAUAUGAGUGUAUUUGUCAUUCUUUUUAUACACUUAUGUAAUUGUAUGUACAGAAUAUACACUGGAAACCUAAAAGUAUGUGGACACAUUACAAAGUUGGAAGCACACAAUAAGAUAGGAUAUCUUGAACACUGUAGCAUUACAGUUUCCCCUCACUGGAAUUACCUGCUCCAGCAUGACACAAAGUGCGCAAAGCGAGCUCUAUGGAAAUAUUAUUUGUGAAAGUUGGUGUGGAAGCCCUGACUGAGCUCCGCUCCACUGAACCAUAACCUUUGGGAUGAACUGGGACUUUCUCGACAUCCCUACAUCAGAACCUGAUCUCAUUAAUGCUCUUGCGUAUAAAUGAACACAACUCCACCCAAACAGCCUUGCCUUCCUGAUCCGGAAGAGUGGAGAUCAUGACAGCAAAGUGGAAAUAAAUCUGUAAUUCGGCAUUCAGAAAUGCACAUGUGAGCUGUCCACGUACUUUUGGCAAUGUA